UUUUUUUGCCAUUUGUGAAAUUCUUAAAUACGUCGAGGAAGAAUCUCAUUGGAGGAAUUUUCUUUAAAAGUAAUUACAGUAUUUUUAAUUAUUUACUUUGAAUAACUAAAUAAGCAAAAUAUAAAUAACAAUUUUCCUGUCACAAUGCAAAUUUAUGCUCACCUUUUUGUGUCAUGGUUUGACACAAACUCUCUUAAAUGGGGUUUGAAUAGUUCCUCUCUCUUUCUCUUCUUUAUAGUUUUAUAAAAAAAAUAUUAUCAAGAAAGAAAUGAUUUUUAUAUUAUUUUGUUAAGGGAAAGAGAGAGUUUUUGUAAUUCCAAGAUUUGUUUUCUUCUUGAAGAGAAUCGUCAAUCACCCCUUCGAUGGAAUAGGCGGUUACUUCUUUUUCUUCCGGGUUUAUAUGAUACAAUGAAGGUUUGAGCUCAGAUCCUACCUCAUUUAACAUUAUUGUACCCACAUAAAAUUAUAUGCUUUAGAAGAUAUGGGUGAAUUUGGGAUAUGUUUGAAGCAAUGAUUUGAUUUUUUCGGGUGGUUAGUGGGUAUAUAAUGAUGGGUCUUCCUUUGUUUUCAAGCUAAUUGCGUAAACAUUAUCUCUUCUUAUUGAUCUGAUUUGUUUUUCUGUUUUCUUUUUUUUUUUUUUUCCUUCUUUUUUAUAUACACUAUAUUAUAUUUGAUUAUCGUUUUUAUUUUGGCCUGUUUGUGGCGUUUUCCAGGCUUUGAAGGAAGGUGGAGUUUGACUUUGUGGGGUGAAAAUAAUUGUUGUAUUCUGUUUAGGAGAGAGAAAUAUAGAGUGUGCUGGUGUUGGUGUGAUUUUGACUUGUAUGCAAAUGGGGUUUGGUCAGGUUUGCAUAGGGAUGUUGCGGAUGAAUACUUGAUGAUGGGCUUGCAUUAAGAAAGUUUUGAUCUUUCAGUAAUUGGUGUUUAGAGUUGAGAAUUAUUUCCUGUAAUCUCGUUCGGAAAAAAAAAAUUCUGGGUUUUGGUGGGUUUCUCCGUUUUCAUCCCUCCUUUUUGAGGGCUUUGAAGUUUGUUUCUUUUCAGUUUUGGGUUUGAUGGAAUAGAGGGGAUUGAGUUUGUGUUUAUGGGACACUGUAACUCUGCAAAUUUUUCGGAAGAAAAUUCUGAUUUGACGCCUUCUUCUCAGCUGAAGAAGAGGGAAAGGGAGAAGAAGACUGGAUUUGCUUUCGGUUAUCAGGUCUUUUAGUUGUUAGAUAUGGAGGAAGAGGCUACUUCUUGGAUUAGGAGGACUAAAUUUUCUCAUACUGUUUGUCAUAGAUUAGAUGCAUCAAGGUUGGCCCCAAUUCCUCUGACUCUUCCUCAGAGGGAGAGAAUCCCCGGUGCAAACUCUAAGCCUGGUACGUCUGCUUAUGUUUUUCCUAAUCAAGAACCCAUUGUGAGUCCGUUGCAGAGAAAUCCCACCACAAAUAAGCAGAGGGCUGUAUCCCCAAGUCCACAGACUAAGCUCUUGGAUACUUUUAAAGAGGCAAGGACUGUUCAGAGAAGAUUCUCCACUCCACUUCCAAGGAGAUCUGAGAAAAAGUUUGGCAAGUAUUUUUCUCAUAAAGAUUCCCGGGAGCAGAAGCAAGAGAGUUACAAAUCACCUCCCUCGAAAUCUUUGUCGAACACUAGCCCCCUAAGGCACUUCUCAUCCAUGAAAUUCCAUGAGAAAACAAAGAGCAAGAAGGAUUCAACUUGGACCAAGUAUUUUGACCAUGCUGGAGGAAGGGUUACCUCUGUGGAGACAGCAGAUGAGCAUAUGGUUGAUCUUUCAAAGCUGUUUCUUGGGCUAAAGUUUGCUCACGGUGCGCAUAGCCAGCUUUAUCAUGGGAUUUACAAGGAUGAACCAGUUGCUGUAAAAAUAAUUAGAGCACCAGAUGAUGACGAAAAUGAAGACUUAGCAGGUCGGUUAGAGAAUCAAUUCAACAGAGAAGUUACUCUGUUGUCUCGGCUCCACCACCAAAAUGUGAUCAAGUUUGUAGCAGCUUGCCGAAAGCCACCAGUUUUUUGUAUUAUCACUGAAUACUUGUCUGAGGGUUCUUUAAGAUCUUACCUGCACAAACUUGAGCAGAAACCAUUUGAAGAAAAAUUUCUUCCCUUGCCAAAAUUAAUCUCCAUGGCUUUGGAUAUUGCUCGCGGAAUGGAAUAUAUACAUUCACAAGGCGUUAUUCACAGGGACCUCAAGCCAGAGAAUAUACUGAUUAAUGAAGAUUUCCACCUGAAAGUUGCUGAUUUUGGAAUUGCUUGCGAGCAAGCAUAUUGUGAUCUUCUUGCUGACGACCCGGGUACUUACAGAUGGAUGGCGCCUGAAAUGAUCAAGCGUAAAUCCUAUGGUAAGAAGGUCGAUGUGUAUGGUUUUGGACUAAUCUUAUGGGAAAUGAUUGCUGGAACUAUUCCAUAUGAAGAUAUGACACCGAUACAGGCUGCUUUUGCUGUAGUGAAUAAGAAUCUGCGGCCUCCUUUCCCUGAGCACUGUCCCCCUGCGAUGAGAGCAUUAAUAGAACGUUGUUGGGCUUUGCAACCAGAUAAGAGGCCUGAAUUUUGGCAAAUUGUGGAGGUGCUGAAGCAGUUUGAGAGCUCACUUGCAUGUGAUGGAACCCUGAAUGUGGUAAUCAACCCAAUCUCCCAUGAUCACAAGAACAAACUUCUCCAUUGGAUCCAAAAGCUAGGUCCCGUGCAUUCAAAUACAUCGGUACCUAAACCCAGGUUCCAAUGAAUUUUUGGAUGAUUUUGCUCUUGUAGCUCAACUUAGAUCCCAUUGUAAUUAAAGGUUCUUUCCUCCGUCCUCAUUUGUGGUACCAUCUUCUUUCUCAGCCAAUGUGAAUGAUAGUGAGUAGACUGCAUUUAAAGGUAACUGUAUUGUGUAAUUUUUACAUGAUAAUAUACAGGAUAUGGUUAUCAGAUUUUGAGCAUCAUUCGUUACUGCUUCAGAAGUAGGAAGGAAUUUACAGAGAACUUUGGAUUUUCUAUUAUUAGUUCCGUGUCAUCUUUUUAGCUGCAAGAUUCUAUGUUCUCUGUCGAUGGGUUAGUUCCAGUGAUGAGCCAGCCAUUAAAAGUGUAUGAAGCAGACUAGCCUAAGCAACAUGUCCCAGCCCAUUGCUUCCUAUUGGUAAAUGGUACACCAGUUUAGGUUUUGUCUUUUCAGCUCCCGCUCACCUUUUACUCUUCUAUCUUUUGUUAGGCUUCUGUGGUGGUUUAUGAUCAAGUGUUCUAAGGUGUAUAGUUUUGUACCUGGGGUUGUUUUUCUGGAAGUAUUUAGCUUUGGUCCUCUGCUCAGUGUUCAUGAUCUGGUUUGAACAUAAGAUGCGAUUGUUCAGUGCUGUGUGCAACUUGUGUCUCUCUUCUGCAGGCAUCUUGUUAUGUUCUCUUUGUCCCAAAAUAAGAGUCAUGUUUUGAUAGAAUCUUAUCGGUUGUGAACUAUAUGUACUCUACAUUUUCUUGUUUAGUCAUGUUAAUGAUUCUUUUGGAACUUACACUGGGAGAAAACACGAGAAGAAGCAAACGGUGAUAGUUAGAUUACAAUAACUUGGGUAUUAUUUGAUUUGGAUGAAC